AUGACGCACAUGAUCAACAAGAUUCCGAAGCUGUGCGAGGCAGGCAAGCCCGGCCCAGCCUGUCGUCCACCGACACUGCCCCUGAAGUUGUGCGUCAUGCCAUGGGAGCACCGGAUAGGCAGCCUUGGUUCUCGAUACUCAGAGGCACAUUGGGAUGGAAUCACGUUUGGACAUUUCGCUGCCGACGACUGUGGAAGGCCUUCCAUAAGCUUCACGUACAAUCCCACCAACGUCGACACCGCGUUUCCACAGUUGUUCUCCGAAGUCAACUGGCUUCCAUCUGUGGAGGCCACCGCGCGAAUGUGGAUCGGCGAGUCCAGCAUCACUCACAACAAGGUUCGGCUGACCGGAGAUCUCGAUGGUGCAAACCAGAUGACUCUCACGGAUGUGGAUGGUACGCUCUUGGGGUCCUCGCAAGCGGAUGGAUCUUUGGUCACCGUCUACAAUCCAGGGCUGGCAGAGCAAAGCUGCACGGAAUUUGGUAGCAGCUACUACAGCUGUCCUGAUCUGCGGCUGCGCUACAUGACCUGGGAGGCAGUUGGAGGUCCAUCUCACCGUGUCCUCAGCAAGUUCAAGGCCUGGAGAGCCUCCGAUGACCGCUCUACCUGGUCUACCGGUCCACGGCCUGACAAGGGUUGCAUUCCCGACGAAGCUGAGCAAGACCGAAACUGGAAGAUUCGCCCAAACGACAUGUACAACCUCACCAUGUUCACAUCUCCACCAAAGCACCACCGACUGUUCUGGUUCAACGACAACCAGGACGAUUCGAUCCGACUUGACAUCUUCUUGACCCAGCCAUUCAGACUGGAGGUUUAUGUUGACGGCGCCCUCAUGCCGGAAGAUUCCUACGACACUGCUAAGCUGGAGCCUCCGCGCUUGCCGGAGCUCUCCGACGCGCACGGCUCCUACGCCUUCGACCCGCACGCGCGUCGCUUCUAUGUCAUUAUGAAAGGUGGAGUUUUCGGUGGUCGUGCUGCCACGAGGGGCGGUGGCUUCAUCCUGCUGCGCCUUCUGCAGGUGGUUCAGAUCUCAAUGACCGUGGCCGUGCCCUUUAGCACCUUCGACGGAGAUGCCGUCAUAAACAAUGUCGCAACACUGCUGCAGAUCGACCCCUCGCGCAUCAAGAUCGUCUCUGUGCAAAGCAGAGCGGAAGUUGCUGCCCAAGGUGGACGUCUGCUGCAGGCGGAUGACGGCGUGUCUCUAAUCUUCCAGAUCGUGGAGCCGAAUCCAGAGCCUGUGCCUGGAGAGGCUUUCUCCGAGUCUGGAGCCCCGCCUCCGAAUGGUUCUUCCUGGGAAGAUGUGAUUCCGGCGGCCCCAGAAUCAAACGAGACAUCCCAGAACCAGACCACAGGAGAGGACUCCACAGAAAACGCCUUUGAGUACAGCGAGCAGGGCCUUGAAGAGUUAGCAACUCUGGUGCAGGUCCUGCAAAAUGCUUCGGAAACCGGGGCCUUGUCACAAGCCCUGAACGCAGACGUCAUCAUCGAGAGUAUCGAGCUGACGGAUACCACUCAGCCCGAGGCUGGACGCCUGAAGGAGUCUUUGAUCUGUAAUGACCCUCGCCGGCUCCGGCUCCAUGCUCCUGUUCGCUCCGGCUCUCUCGCUCGUCUUUCUCUCUUCCUCUCUCUCUUCAUCUCUCGCUCGCUCUCUGUGAUUGUCUCGCGCGAGCUCCCUUAA